CCUAUUAAGUAAUUUAGAAAACAUAUAUAAAUAUCUCUGCAUUAUUUUGUGCAGUGAGACUAUGUAACUUUAGUGAAUGCUUGUUUUUAUUAUAGAGAAAUAUUAUAUUGUGAUCAUGCUAAGACUUUUAGUGUUUGCGGCUCUACUCGGACAAUUCACUGUAUAUGGAAGCAGUUGCAAUUACAAAAAGAUUCUUAAAAGAUAUGAGGAGUCAUGUAAGAGAAAACAGUAUCUGGGUGAUAUAUUUACUGAUCUAGAAACUGGUGGUGAGAUCAAGUCGGGCGUGUUUCUGGAGAGGCUGACAUCAACAUGCAGCAAUUACGCUGAAUACUCCAAAUGUGCCAAUUGUACAGCCAAACACAUAUGUCCUGAGGAACAAGACAAAUUAAGAGAAAUCCUGGCUGAACGAUGGUCAAUAUUCUGUGACGGUGACCAGCCUGCAAGUUGGCUAGCAACAAUAUUACAGAAUGGAUUUUCCUAUAAUGUCACGUGUUCUAACACAUUUUUGGAGGGAUUUUUCUCCUGCAUGCCUCAAAAAUCACCUGAAAGAAGCAGCAAUGAAACAUCUCUGUCAGGUGUUGUUGAUAUGCACAGGAAUCUCCGCCAAGACAUGUUCAGCUGCAGCCUUGAUGGUAUUCUGAAGAACGGCAAUGGUGGUUGUGGCUCAUCGUGGCAGGAUAUCUUGUUAACAAACUGGCUUAUGACCUCUGUCAAAUUCUACAAACUGUUUUAUAUUGGUAGCGAGGAGAUCACACAGUUACAGAUGAUGAGAUGCUAAAACGGACAAAACAACAAUGUGUGAAAUCCAACGAAUGAUAAAACAAUCUACGGUUGAUAGAAAACAUUGUAUUUGUUGAAACCAAGGUUUUGUCAAUUAAAUUAAAAAACAUAAACCAAUUUUAUAACAGAA